AGUCAUUAAUUUAGAGGAAGGUUUUAAGGCAAUGCAGGAGUCAGUUUGUAAUUUGGACAAUUGGGGAGAGGACGAAUGUCAUCCUGAAGAUGCACCAUGGACUCAACCACUUUUAUAUAGUGAGAGUGAAGAUGCUAAGGAGUGGUCUGAGUUCUGUAAUAACUUUAAGGAAGUUGGUCCUGGUGGUCCUUCUGUGCGAGGUGACCGAUAUGAAUUUGGUGACCAAGAAGGCAGUAGUGAAGACGAUGGAUACGAGCAGUUGUUGGAGACGGACGAUGAAGCAAAAGCUGCAGAUAAACUAAAAAUUGAGAAUGAGCUGUUGACCUUUUACCCUGAUUUUCUUACGAAUGUACUGGAAGAGGAUAAUGGUAGUGAAGUGGUCAAUGGGUCUUCAGUUGAUCAAUCUCUUGAAAUUCCUAAUGGGCAUCGAGAGUGGUUUUACGACUAUGAAGAUAUUUUUGGUGAAGACCUGUUAGAUAACGAAGAGUUAUUUCCUGAAGAUGCAGGGGAUGAACAAGUUGUAGAACCAGGUUUAGUUGAGGUGGGCACACAAUUUAGCGAUAAGAUGGCAUUCAAAAGACACCUCAGAGCUUACUGUGUGCAGCAUGGAACUCAGUAUAAGUUGAAGAAGAGUGACAACUUGAGAAUCAGAGUUGUAUGCAAGUUUUCUGGACCGCCAAUCAAUUGUGAAUGGUUUAUGUAUGCCAGAAAGCUUCCUAAUGAACCUACAUUCAACCUUAAGGGUUUCUCUUUGGAUCACACCUGUAUUGGAGACCCACUAGGGAGAAAUUCUUCGGCUAAUCCUGAAUUUGUAGCUCAAUGUGUUAUCGAGAAGUUGAAGACUUCAACUUCAUCUGUUUUACCUAAGCCUGCUGAGAUUGCAAAUGACUUUUGGACAAGCCACAACACUCUAAUUCCAUAUCAUGUUGCUUGGAAAGCUAGAAACAUUGUGUUGGAGAAGAUCAACGGAAGCUAUGAUGAGAGUUAUAAACUUAUUCCAAGUUUGUGUGAGAUGAUUAGAAGGACUAACCCCGGCUCCGUAGCAAAAUUCACAUAUGGAAGGAAUGAUAAUUGCUUUGAUUCUGUGACGAUAUGCUUUGAUGCACCUAUGAAGGGUUUUAUAAAUGGUUGUAGACCAAUUGUAGGCUUGGAUGGCUGCCACCUCAAGGGGAAGUAUGGAGGUUGUUUACUUUCGGCUACCUCUCUAGAUGCUCAGAAUGGUUUGGUGCCUUUAGGCAUAAUGAUAUGUAGGAAUGAAUGUUUUGAGAAUUGGUAUUUAUUUUUGAAAGAUCUUAAACCCAGAUUAGUUGAUCAUAGGUUGCAACUGAACUUCAUCUCUGACAGACAAAAGGGUCUGUUAGAAGCAGUAGCUCUACUGUUUCCUGGAGGAUCACUAGUUGAUUAAUGGGGAAAGCGUUUAUCAUUAGUUUCAGUUUU